UUGAUCAUAUUCAGGUCAUCUUGUCCGCUUGACGUUAAACACUAUCCGUUCGAUCGCCAGAUUUGUACGUUGAGCUACGGUAGUUGGGCUUAUGAUGGCUCGAAGAUCGACCUGGUGCUGAUUUCAGAAAAAGGUGAUCAAAGCAAUUAUAUGAUGAGCACCGAAUGGGAUCUGUUACAAAUUAGCGCCGAAAAGAGUUCUGUAGUGUAUAGUUGUUGUCCGGAUGCUCCUUAUCCGUUCGUAUUCAAUUUGAUUCUGCCAUGUGUGCUCAUUAGUGGUAUUGCGCUUCUUGGUUUUUAUAUGCCAUCCGAUUCCGGUGAAAAAGUCACAUUAGGUAUUACCUCGCUUCUUUCAACGACAGUAUUUCUAAUGUUAGUAGCUGAGGGAAUGCCGCCAACAUCAGAAGCCUUGCCACUCAUAGGAAUUUAUUAUAUUGUUACUAUUUUUCUCGUCUCACUCGCUACCGCAAUGACAGUGUUUACAUUAAACAUACAUCAUCAAGGUGUGCACGGUUGUGCUGUGCCACCAAUUCUUCAGAAGAUCGUGUUUCGGUACCUAGCACGUGUGCUUUUCGUGCGUAUUGAUCCAUAUCACUCGAUCACUCACCAUGUACGGCAUUUAUAUCAGAAAGAGCACCCUGAUGAGAAGGAACAUCUGCGCCAUGACUACAGAUGCUUCGAAUACUCACCAGAAUUUCGAGCAGAGUAUCGAUAUCUAAAUCCAACAAAGCCACGUGUACGGCUACAUAGCGGCAGUCUACGGAUCGCAAAACAGGUUUCGUUUUCUUCCCCGGUACACUCUGCGAUGCCACAACCUACGUCAACACCGGCAGUGAUCCACAAACCAUUGUGUUCUACAGAAGAAACAAACUCACUCGAUUCUUUUGAGUCAGAGUUCCUGCGCAUCAUUGAUCUCGUCCAUGCCACCAUCGAACGCAAUGAGAUGCGAGUCGCCGAACAUGACCGACGUGACGCCACACAACUGGAGUGGCAACAGGUCGCUAUGGUGCUUGAUCGGUUCCUGCUCAUUGUCUUUGUAUGCGGAACGGCGUUAUCGUCGUUUGUCAUAUUGUAUCAGCGAUGGCUCGGCAUAUUUGAAUAA